AUGUGGAGACGCGUUGCUUUAUUUUCUCCGAUGAUGAAGAAAUCUUCAUCGUCUCGAUCCCUUACGCUUAACCAGAAAGGUUUUGGGCUCAAAGUUGGGGAAUCUUUUGCGACGGAGAUAAUUAAUCCGGAAGAAGGAGUUUCGCCGCCGAAAGAGAAAGCUCCAUUUAUUACAUUUGUACUAGGAGGUCCUGGAAGUGGAAAAGGUACACAAUGCGAAAGAAUUGUUGAGACCUUUGGAUUGACACAUCUGAGUGCUGGAGAUUUGCUCAGGAGAGAAAUCGCAUUCAACACCAAAAAUGGGGCUAUGAUUCUGAACUUGAUCAAAGAAGGGAAAAUUGUUCCCUCAGAAGUCACAGUCAAGCUUAUUCAGAAAGAGCUGGAAUCGAGUGACAGCCGCAAGUUUCUCAUUGAUGGUUUCCCACGAACUGAGGAGAAUCGUGUUGCAUUUGAGCGCAUAAUAAGAGCAGAUCCGGAUGUAGUUCUGUUCUUCGAUUGCCCUGAAGAAGAGAUGGUGAAACGCGUGUUGAAUCGUAACCAGGGCCGAGUUGAUGAUAAUAUAACUACAAUGAAGAAGCGUCUGAAAAUAUUUGAGGCCUUAAAUCGUCCUGUCAUCGACUACUACGAAAAUAAAGGAAAACUCUACACCAUUAAUGCAGUAGGAACAGUAGAUGACAUAUUCCAACAAGUCCUACCCAUUUUCUCUUCAUUUGAGCAAUUGAAGGAGUGUCGGCAUGUAAAUCCAAAGUCACCUCUCGGUUCGAGUUUGGUAGAAAAUUCUUCCUGA